GCAACUGUCAAGCUAGCUCCCGUGACCUGACUGCCGGAUUGCAUUCUCUGCAUUGCUUGUUCUGCCUGCGCAUGUCCCGUGAUCUCAGUGCAGUCUCGAGUCUGUGGAAGGAACCACUUCUCUGCCUGUUUUAGACCGGAUGCUUGUCUCCGCCAUUUUCGCUCCAGCUUCAAGGGCACCAGAUCGCUAUAUCUGCAGAUAUGCAAGCAGGUAUUCGUCGGCUCCAAGUCAGAUCGAUAGCUCUCAUCUGUUAGAGCUCUAUCUCAGCCAGUGUUCGGCACUCAGGUUGCAGACAAGAGUGUCAGAGCACGGCAUCAAUGGUCUCCAUCAAAACGUGCGGGUUGAUAUUGGCCAGCCAGCUUCUCAUUCGACAGAAAAUCUGGGGCACACACAACCUCAUUUGUCACCCAUCCUCGACGAUGUAGUUUUCCUGGAUUGCUAACUUCGUCUGCAGCUUUGACUGGCUCAUCACGAUAGCAUGGACAGCUAAAGACUCCAAUCGUGGCCACAGACGGGCCGUUUCAUAUACACUCUCUGAUCCUUUCAACCCGGCAUUUGCGGCCCAAUGUUAUCCGCAGUGGUUGAAAUGGCCGUCUUGUUCUUCUUUAUAUACUGGUAUACUGGCAAAGCUGUGUCCUAAUCAGCUAGUUAAGGAUCUCAAGACCAAACCUAGCACUUUGGUUGAAAUUUCUCUAGUUCAUCUUUGAUACCAUCAACAUGAAGGUUUUCCCCAUUGUUACUGCCCUUACGCUGGGUGUUGCUGAUGUCUCAGCCCACUACAUCUUCCAGCAGUUCGGUGUUGGCUCAACAAAGUUCGGCGUCUUCGAACACAUUCGCAAGAACAACAACCACAACUCGCCAGUGACCAGCUUGUCAGACAACAAUCUCCGUUGCAAUGUCGGAGGAGCCUCAGGUGCUAGCACCAGUAUUGUCAAUGUUAAGGCUGGAGACUCGGUGACCUUUUACACUGAUCAAGCUGUGUACCACCAAGGACCUAUUUCUCUCUACAUGUCGAAGGCGCCUGGCUCAGUUAAAGAAUACGACGGAUCCGGUGAAUGGUUCAAGAUCUACGAUUGGGGCCCGACCAUCAACGGCGGCCAAUCAUCCUGGCCAAUGAGAUCAUCCUACCAAGCCAACCUGCCCAGGUGCAUCCCCAACGGAGAGUACCUCCUCCGCAUCCAAUCCCUCGCCAUACACAAUCCAGGCUCAACCCCCCAAUUCUAUAUCAGCUGCGCGCAAAUCAACGUUUCCGGUGGUGGAAACUCCAGCCCCAGUCCCACGGUCAAGAUCCCUGGCGCUUUCAAGGCUACCGACCCCGGAUACACUGCCAACAUCUACAACAACCUCCAGUCCUACACCGUCCCAGGACCCAAGGUGUUCACCUGCUAAGCGCGGCAUAGGUCAAAUGAUGGAUGUGUAUAUAGUCCCACUACAGGCAGCGACACGACAUGAUGGGGCAUUUUGAAUAAUGAUUUUUUCAAGGAAAACAUGCAUUGACUUGUUUCAAGCUUACUCCUGAGGGCGGCCUGGUUCCUCCCGUCCCGGGCUGGCCGGUCCGCCUUGCCCCCAGUCCCGCCGAAGGAUCGGCGCU